AUGGUCACUACGCGCAACAGGAGCCCAAUCGAUACAUAUCGACCCAACUCCACGGACAAAGGCCGUUCGAAUGGCGUUCUGCCGGAACAAGAGGAGAUAGGAGGAACACAUCGUCGUCCCUACGGCUCUCUGGGCAAUCCAAACGCCACUGGUGGUCAGCAGAUGGCUCUCGAUCCCGCAUAUGGUGGUCCUGAGGACUAUGCCAUGACCUCCGCACAACCUCAGCCCAUGCAAUUGGGUGACUCCGCUAACGGAUUCGGACUUCACGAACAGCUAACUUCUGCUGCCGCUGGACCGCCGCAAGACGAAUCUUCCAAGAACCCCAAAAAUGCGAUCGGUAAUCCAUACGCACAGAACCAAUCCAUGGUCGCCGCAAACCAGCCCCCACAAGCUCCACCGUCCUUGAGCGAGCCUUACCUACAAUCCAAGCCAGACCACAUUUAUAACAUGCCUGGAGGUACAUUGCUUCAAUUCACGCUUGUUGAAGUGAUUGCCUUGUUGGUCAAUUGGUUCAAGGUGUAUCCUGACUUGGCUGAACGCUUCCUGAAUAACGGUCUUAGUUCGGCAACACACAUAGUCAUCCUGGAGGAGCAUCGCAAUGUGGUCAUGACAGAGAAGGAUCGCAACCGCACCAAGGACCUCAUCUCUGACGCCAAUCGUCGCUCGAUGCGUAAGAUUAGUGAGGGCUGGACGAAGGCCAAGCACAAGAAGCCGGAGGGUUGGAAUGGCAACACUCUAUCAGUGAAUCAUCUCACUCACGAAAAGGGUGUUAAGGCUCGACCGGUCCUGAUGAAAGUUCUCAUGAACGACAUCAAGCAUCUUCCACAAGGCGAUGAUGCCGGAGAUCUGACUCGCGCUCUCGAAUAUGCCAUGAGCAACCAGAAGCGUGGUCCUAACGGGGAACCACUGGAGUGGCUUUUCCCUGAUGAUCUCCAUACCAUUCUUGGUCACAUCGGGUACACUACGAUCACACAAAAUCACCUUGAUGGAGCCGCAGUCGCGCGAUACGACAAGAUUUGCAAGCAGAAGGAACAGCUUGAUCGCAAGCGUCGCCGCGAAUCGCAGGAAGCCGGAAUGCCUCCUCCCGCUUCGAAGCGUCGAAUCCGUGGUGAACGCAAUGCUGGCGACAACCAAUCUGGCCAACCGGUUUUCCAGCCAUCUGCACAGGUACGAGAGACAGAUGCGCGUCCGAAUGCUGCGUUCGCACAUCAAGCAAAUCAGGCUGCUAUUCCGACCCUGAGCAUGCCUUUCGCAUCGUCUUUCGGUGCCAAGCAGUACAACUCAGCGCAAGAGCACGUUGAGCGGCCGAACGCUGCGUUCGCUGAACAAGUAGAGCAGGCUGCUAUCCCAACACUGAGCAUGCCAUUUGGAUUGCCUCUCGCUGCAAAGGAGCAAGUCAAGGAGCAUACCCCCGACAUGUCCAACGGGCUCAACCAAUCCGCUCCAAUCGCUUCUCCUCCAAACAUACUAUCUGUCCAGCCAAAAGCCGCCGACGAUACCUUCUUGUUCGCCCAAGAAGAUGUCGACAUCAGCAUUACAGAGAUCGAUGCCAUAAUAGCUGGAAACCAGACCUACAACUUCAGCGAUCUGCUGGCUGGUCCGUUCUCUGACUUCAGGCCAGAUUCUAUAGCGGGGAUCAUGCAGCAGUAUCCGAAAGCGUAUCCACUCACUCAGGUACUGGGCGAAUGCGUCGAGGCCGAUGAUCUGGAGGAUGAGGGCGUUGUCGCUCGUGCGGCGCGUUGGUGCCGGGAUCCUGAUAAUUUCGCCAGCCACUAUACAGUGCGUGAUCUGGGGUUUGUGGUGACGCUGCAGAACCUUGUGGAGGACGCUAAGAAGAAUGGGUUUGAUGGAUCUGUGGAGGACGCUGUGCAGUAG